GUGCUGCUCUGCUCUGUGCUGCUCUGACUUUUUGUGUACUGUCUCUUUAAAUUAGCGCGUCACCGUAAAGGGAGCAGCUUUGUUUUGGCGGCCCAACCAAAUGAAAGAAAGCGGGAGCGCUGCUCGUCUUUCGGUCCCACAUUAGGAGCUAAACCCGGGGUUAGGUGUGAUUUAGAAGCAGCCCGGCGAUAUUAGACCGCGGACAUUCAGAAGAUCAAGACGCAGCGCGUGCGUAGCGCUGCCGGCUAACGCUAAGUACUGACGCUGGCGCAGAGCUAGCCUAGCAUAGCGCGGUGCAGUUCUGGUUCUGGUUCUGCGGGUUUUUAUCGAACAGCCGCCACGGGGCAGUUAGCUGGGCUUGUUUAGCCUAGACUAACAGUAACAACGCAAGCCCGCUUUCUCCUCGUGUAGCCGAGCGCCGGCAUGCGGCUCCGCGGCUCCGGCCAGCCGCCCCGCCGCGCCGCCUCACUCGCCGCUCUUCGUGUCCUGCGCAGCCGGUUUGCUCGCUGAGCGGCGGAUCCGACACGGGAGGUUCAAUGUCCUGAGCUUCGCGUUGCCUGUCGACGCUUCACACCAGUAGAGAUGAACGGGAAGGUCAUACCCCACACGCCCAUCGCAGUGGACUGCUGGCAGCUGCGAAAGUGCCACCAUGUCCGGCUCUUCUUCCUCUCCCACAUGCACACGGAUCACACCUCUGGCCUCACGUCCACCUGGAGCAACCGGCCCAUCUACUGCUCGCCUGUCACAGCCGAACUCCUAAAGCUCAAACUGCAGGUGAAUGAGAAAUGGGUCCAUGCUCUGGAGGUUGGGGAGCCGCACAUGUUGCCGCUGGAUGACAUUGGGAAAGAGAAGCUGUCCGUUACUCUCAUCGAUGCGAACCAUUGUCCGGGUGCAGUUAUGUUCUUCUUUGAGGGCUACUUUGGCUCUAUUCUGUACACUGGGGAUUUCCGCUACACUCCUUCGAUGCUGCGUGAGCCGUGUCUCAGAAACAACACGACCAUUGAUGUACUGUAUCUGGACAACACCAACUGUGACCCCACUCGCUCUCUUCCUUCUCGACAGCGAGCCUGUCAGCAGAUAAAAGAGAUUAUACGAGGCCAUCCAAACUACACUGUGGUCAUUGGUUUGUAUGCUCUUGGUAAGGAGUCUCUGCUUGUGCAGUUGGCCAUCGAGUUUAAGACGUGGGUAGAGGUGGAUGUGGAGCGUCUGGAGACUCUUCGUGUCCUGGAGCUUCCAGAUGUGUUCACUACUGAGCCUGGUGCAGGGCGCAUCCGAGCGGUAGCUCAGUCUGAGAUCACUGCUUCCAACUUGCAGGCCUGGAAUAAGGAGCAACCGACCAUCGCUAUACUCCCAACUAGUCGCCCUGUGGUGUCCUGCCACCCAAACGUCUAUGUUGUGCCCUAUUCGGACCACUCCUCCUACCAGGAGCUGGAGGACUUUGUCUCAGCUCUGCAUCCAGUCUCACUGGUGCCCAUCGUGGGCAGCUGCAUGCCUUACUUUUCCACCCUGUUGAGCCCACGGAGGAAGCGCCGGGACAUGGUAGUACCCGAAUCAGUUCAGCACUACAUGAUGGCAAGGUCUAACCAUCAGCUUUUUGAUUUCGGCACGACUAGUGUGCACCACCGUCCUUUGCGUCCAGUGCCUCGAGGAGUGGUGUUUGAGUCACCCAGACAGAGACCCAGACCCAGGCUUUCCAGACAUGAAGAUGGGGACUCAGAUGCUAUGGAGGUGGAUGACGGUGCAGCGGACGCCGAUUCUGAAGUAGAUACAGACUCAGAUUGCAUCCUGUUGGACAUGAGCACUAAUCUCAAUCAUGAUGUUACCCCUCCACGGCGUAAGGGUCUAGGGCUGGUUCGAGUUGUGUCUGAUGACGCCAUCACUAUUGAUAGCAUGCCACUAGAUGUGAAUGAGUCCCUCCUCGUCAUUCAAAACAUAAAGUCCCCCAGUACUAAAAGCACAAGCGACACUGAGAGCUUACGCUGUGACUGUGUCACUGCCGUGACCCCUAACCUUCAAAACACAAAGAAGAGAAGCCCCCAAAUGGGAAGCACUAACUCCAGAAAGGUGUGCUCGUCAUUGGACAGCAUUAAUCUUCAUGACAGCACCUGCAUGACCGCUUUAGCGGCCUUAACACCAGUUGAAAUGCAGCCUGACUCAUCUGACCACUCGUAUACGAGUGAGAGAGAGCACAUAGAGCAGUGGCUACUUGAUAACUUCACUGUUCCAGAGGAAGAAUUUGUAAGUCAAUAUGGGGUCUAUCAGGGUUUACAUGAGAUGUUUCCACUCACUCCGGUCAAUAUGCCAAAACCAGAAGGUGAUCAUUUUGAAGCUGCAAUACAGAGAUUGAAAUCAAAAUAGCCACUUAUGUGAAUGCAUAACUCUGCAGUAUUAUUAAGCAGCAACACCGUACACGGCUUUCAUCACUGUCCUGACAGGAUCUCAUAACUCUUGAUUUCUUAAAAAUGUUUUUAUUAUUUGAAAACAACAGCUGUCCCUUUUAUCAUGUGAACACCUUAUGUGAAUGGACCAAUGGAAAUGGGCUACAAUUACUUAUUACAUGAACUAUCAUUAAAAAAAACUGAAUUUUCUCACUUAUUUGAACCAAAUGUUUUAUAUAGUAUGUAAACACAGAGUUCACUGUUUUUGUGAUGUCAUGAAAACCAACCAUAUAGCUCCACCUUUUCUGUCUUUAGCCAUUUAGCCCUGCUCUUGUUGAAUUUAUAAAGAGCCUCACUGCUUUUUUAAUAAGGCACACUACGUGGCAGCCAGUCGAAACAGAGCUCAUUUACAUAAGUCAGUCAAAAAGACACAGUAACUUAAACAGCUUGUUUAAAGAAUAAAAAGAGCUUGCAAACUCUGUUAUAAGCGUCACAAAUGUUAUAAGCGAACUGCAGUAAAAUUAGAGUUUAGAAUCUGUGAGCUUUUAAAAGUGAGGAAUGUUUUUUCUUCUCCUAUAAAUUUGUCUUUUCAGCAAACGUGUUUUGUUCUUACAGCAAUUGUUUGCAAUGUGCAUGGAUACAAAUAUAAUAGUUGUGUGCUAAAUUGUACUGCAGUAGGUAUGUGGUUGAAUAUGGAUGGUUAGUGUAGUGGGCAACGCCUCUGCCUUCUACGCUGUAGACUGGGGUUCAGUCCUCACCUGGUAAGCCCCCUACACUAUACCAAUGAGAGUACUUGGGCAAGACUCCUAACACUGCCUUCGCCUACCUGUGUAAAAUCAUCAAAUUAUAAAUCGCUCUGGGUAAGAGCGUCUGCCAAAUGCCAUAAAUGUAAUGUAAAUGAAGUAUGAUGCCCCUUUGUUCUGUAUUUUGUUAAAAGAAUGCCUGUGACUUGUCUCAAUAUGUAAUUUAUUUUCAUUACUGUUCAAGCACUUUAAUUUGUCAUCUUUCCCUAAGUGUGUACUCUAAAGGUAUUGUAGCUUAUGCAAGGAAAGCUCACUGAGUGUCUUUUAUUUUUAAGCCGUUCACAUUUAAUGUUCUCUUUAGAAGUAAAUGAACCUACUAUGAUGUUCACUCCAUCCUAAAGCUCACCGAAGUGCAGUGUUUUACAUCAUGCCUUUUAAUACUGAAUUAUUUAGUGUUCUCUGGUGAUUUUGUGAUGUAGCAUCAUGUAGCACUGUUAUAAACAUGAUCUCCUGCAUUUUUCCUGCAUAUGGCAACAUCAUGUUUUUGGUUCCUACUAUAUAUGUAGUAUGUUAGUGUGGUGGCAGGAUGGAGUUUUAAUGGUUGCCUUUGUAAAGUUUGCAAACCACUAUGGUAUUUAAAAUGUCAAGAAUAAAGUUUGCUCUCCAUAGUCCUUUAA